CCAGUCACAGGUCUGUGUGAGCUCACAGUUGCAUCUCCAGUUUGUGGGCUGCUGUCAGAGCUCAGGCCUGUGUGAAGUUGCUGACUCAGCUUACUGGAUGGAUAUAAAGGGCUAGUGUGCUACUGGGCCACACUGCCCAGCCUGGGGAGACAGCACUGGAGUCCUCAGGCCCUUCCUACCAGGUCCCAAAGUGCCGUGAAUUCCUGAACUUGAUUUAAGGAGCCUCCGGAUAAACAUUCAUUCUGUCCUGACUGUUCCAUCCUGCUAGAGAGAGUAGAGCACAUCACUUGAGCAGCCCGGUCGAAGAGCUUGGUGAUGGGCGAGCAGACCGGGCUGCCCUCCAGGCCAUCGUCCCCUAGCCUGCAGGAUCGAGUGCUGAAGUCUGGCUGGCUGAAGAAGCAGAGGAGCAUUAUGAAGAACUGGCAGCAACGGUGGUUUGUGCUGCGUGGAGACCAGCUCUUCUACUAUAAGGAUGAGGAGGAAACCAAGCCACAGGGUUUCAUUCCACUGCAAGGCAAUCAGGUGAGCGAGCUGACCCCUCAGCCUGAGGAACCAGGGAAACACCUCUUUGAAAUUGCCCCAGGUGGUGCGGGAGACCGAGAAAAGAUGCCUGUCAAUCAUGAAGCCUUCCUGCUCAUGGCUAAUUCCCAGAAUGAGAUGGAAGAUUGGGUGAAAGCCAUCCGGCGGGUCAUAUGGGCUCCCUUUGGUGGAGGUAUUGCACAUAGCUCACAUGCACGUAAAUUAAAACUGUUGCCUCAAGGGAUCUUUGGGCAGCGAUUGGAAGACACGGUGCAGUACGAGCGGAAGUAUGGCCUGCGUCUGGCCCCACUGCUGGUGGAGCAAUGUGUGGAUUUUAUCCGGGAGCGAGGCCUCACCGAAGAAGGGCUCUUUCGCAUGCCUGGUCAAGCCAACCUGGUCAAGGACCUGCAGGAUUCAUUUGAUUGUGGAGAGAAGCCUCUCUUUGACAGCAACACAGAUGUUCACACCGUGGCGUCCCUCCUGAAGCUUUAUCUCCGAGAGCUGCCAGAGCCCGUCAUCCCCUUUGCCAAAUAUGAAGACUUCCUGUCAUGUGGACAGCUGCUUUCCAAGGACAAGGGAGAGGGCACCCGAGAGCUGGCUAAACAGGUGAAGACCCUGCCCCAGGCAAACUACAACCUCCUCAGAUACAUAUGCAAAUUCCUUGAUGAGGUUCAGUCUCACUCCAGCGUGAACAAGAUGAGCGUCCAGAACCUCGCCACGGUGUUCGGGCCAAAUAUACUGCGACCCAAAAUGGAAGAUCCAGUCACCAUUAUGGAAGGCACCUCGCUGGUCCAGCACUUGAUGACGGCAUUGAUAAGUGAACAUGGACAGAUCUUCGCCAUUUCGCAGGCCGAUGCGGCCGGGGUUCAGCCCGAAGCCCGCUCCGUGCUGCAGCGCAGCAUGGUGGAGUGGAUCUCUGAGGAAGACGGGGAGGAGAGCAGGUCAGAGAAGAGUGCCCCCAGCCCUGCUGACUUGCCUUCUAGCAGUGCCAUGGCGCCGGACGCCACGCCCAGCUCGCUGGCGAAAAAUGCCCCUCAGGAGCAUGGCAGCAAAGCCACCCAGCCUGCCACCAGCCCCAGCAAGAGGGUGCAGACAUUACCCACCUGGAAGUACUCCUUCCGGCAACAGGGGGCAAGGUCUGUCAGCCCCAAGCUGGGUAGCUCAUCCUUGGACAUUCCUAAUCUAUCCUCCAGCGGGAACUGGCUGAUGAAUGGACUGUACUCUCUCCGAGGCCACCGCCGGACAUCCUCUGGGGAGCGGGUGAAAGACUCAGGUUCAUCCCAAAGACUCUCCACCUAUGACAACGUCCCCUCCUCCAGCCUCUCCCUGAGUGCACACAGCAUCGCCAGCACCGCCUGGUCCACCUCGUCCUGUGAGAUCUCUGUCGUUGAUUCUGUCAGCAGCUGCCCAGCCUGCCGGGCCAGUGACUCCUCUGCUUUAAGCUCCCUCAAAACGGAAUGGGCCACUCAGGGCUCACUGUCGCAGAGCGAGGUCAAGACUGUGGACCUGGAGAACAGCAUGGAGAGGUUCGAAAUGUGCAUCAGCAGCUGCAGCGAGCAGAGUGACCUGGCGGCUGCUUCCAAGGACUCAGCCAAAUGCUCCAGGGCGCUGCAGAGCCUGGUUUCAGAGCUAAAGACAGGACUGAGCAAACAGAGGACUGAGUAUGAGUCUAGUAUCAAAAGAAUUGAAGAAACAAGCGCUGAACUGAGAAAACGAGUGACAAGGUUAGAAGAGGAGUUGGACCAGGAGCGAAAGAAAUACACAAUGCUGGAGAUCAAACUGAGGAAUUCGGAGCGUGCACGUGAAGAUGCUGAAAAGAGAAACCAGCUCCUGCAGACAGAAAUGGAAGAGUUUUUUUCGACAUUAGGAAAUUUGACUGUUGCAAGCCGGGGAGCUAAAGUGCUGAAGUAAAGGAAGCAGGAGUACACCAUCUUUUAAUUCCAGCACAGGUCAUUUUGUUCAGGGUUACUCAUGCAUCACGAGUAAUUUGGCAGAGAGUCCCUGCUCUUAAGGAUUUUUGCUAUGUUGGUUUGUUUACAGAUGCUCUAGUAUUCGGGCUAUCAGGGAAACUGACUGCUAAAGGCAAUGCUUGAAACGGUAGACCCUAGAGCGCAAAUGGCUGGGCCUCUCUUUCCUAAUGUCAAAGGGACAACUCUGUCACUGCCUUUGGCUUUACUGUGCCACAGACAACAGCAAUGCUCCCACCACUGCUGCCAUGGCCUAAGCGAGCUGCAGGCAGGCUGGAGCCGAAGGAGCACGCCAGUUCCUGUGGAAGAGACAACACUGCCAACAUGGCAGCGGGUUUAGCUCAUGUGAUGAAUCAAGUUGAACUUAGCGGGUUUUCCGUCCUUCAUGAAAUUUAUUUAAAAAUCUGCUUGGUGAAAGUU